CAGCAGUAGAGUAGCGCCGGCCUCCACUCAAGUCUUCAGCUGCGCGGCUCCCGAGCCCUCACACACUCUGACACACGCGCACAGGCAGGCCACCAGGCUCCGACUCUCACACACACACACACAUACUCACAUCCUCCUCCUCCACACACACACACACACGCUCACGCACAGACACAGUAGACAGCUGGACACACUUGGACACACUUGGACACACUUGGACAACAUGACCUGCACAGGAACCAUGUGGAGUAGAGGAACUUUUACUCACAGUGACAUCUAAACAGAUUUACUGUAAACACUGAGACUUAACUUCAAGAACCAGAACCAUUGGGCUUCAGCUGCUUGAUCAUGAGCAGCACCUGACGGACUCUCUUCCUUGUCCAGCGGUGACUCUGACAGCUCCUCGGCCUCAGUGGACUAAUCUGUUUGGCAUCAUGAGCCUGAAGAAGAGAAGGCCAAGCGUGGCGUUCAGCUGGCACAAGUCUUUCACCAUCCUCGCCCCAUGGAGAAAAGGAAAAGGUGAUGUGAUGUUAGAAGGUGAAGUUGUGCUCACCAAAAUGAAGGUCCUCAACAACUUUGACAAACGGCUAAACCUGGAGGACUCUGUUUCCACCCUCUCCUUGUCUGUCUCGGAGCAGGAGGUACCUGAGCAAGCAAAAGCUGCUGAAGUGAGCUCUGUAAAGAGCGCCCCUGCUGGACAGGAGUCCAAAGAAGACUACCUGUCCGCCAUUUUCUCAGACCCACAGCUCCCCAGAUUGUACAAAUUUGAGUCAGAGGACUCUGGUGUGGAGUUGCCCAGUGGGGCAAACUCACCCUCCACCCCGACAGGAUCUGAGCAGAGCUUUGUGGUGCACAGCCGGGAGAACUCUCCCCUCCCCUCCCAGGACCCCCUUCUGCUGCUGGAGGCUGAGUGUGCAGAGAUGGAGAUGAGUGAGAUGGAGCAGCUGGAGGAGACAGUGAUAGCUGACGUGCUGGAGACAGACCUCACUGAGGUGGAUGGCAUUGCGGAGGGAGAGGACACUGAAUGUCAGUUAGAGGAGGAGAGGUCAGAUUCAGACCUGGAGAGGCCCGAUGACGGGUCCUUGCGGAACCCCUCCGAGGACUUUGAGAGUGAGUCAGGGCAGCUGGUGGAAGAGAGGGUCACUGUACCAGGAAGCACUGGGGCAGUGGAGGAGGACACAAGGCCAAGGACUGAGAGCUCAGAUCAAGCCUGCGACGACAUGGUGACGGGGGCAGUGUUUCAGGGGGCAUCCCUCAGGAAGAGCACAACCAGUGAUAGUUUGGACGAGUACAUGGAGGAGUGCUGCAGGCUGAGUGAGCAGGUGAAGCAGGCGCAGGCUAACCCUCUGGGCUCUGGGCUGGGCUACCUGGAGCACAUCUGCCAGCUGAUAGAGAAGAUCGGCCAGCUGCAGGAGCACAAUCUCAAGCUCCAGAAACAGAUCUGUGGCCUGCAGAAGGACGGACGCGUCAUCAAAACAAAAGAGGAUUUUUUCAUGCACCAUUGUAACUGUGGCGCAGCGAGCCUGGCUUUCCAGGAGCUGAAGCGACAUUCCCGGAGUGAUUUUCCAAGCGGGACACUUUCCGACCUGACCACCAUCCCCGAGGUCACGCACAAUCCCCUGAGAGGAGCCAGAAGAGAUGGAGACGCAGUCUUCCAGCCCAAUGUUCCGCUGUGGAGGCGGGGUCUUAACAGGCGGAGCUACACAGAGGGGGAGGCCCGUUACCUGGGCGACAGUGCAGAGGUCCUGUCUGCACCUCACAGAAGGCUGAGUGAGAACUACACCUGGGGGAAGGUGAAAGAGCUGGUGAAGAAGACCAAGCUGAGGAACCAGAACCGUCUGGGUCUGUCCUCCAGUUCCCUCAAGAACUCCUGUCCUCAGCUCUACCGGCCUGACCUGGGACCUAUGGAUCUGCCCAGGAGAGACAGGAACUCCAUGAUCGCUCUGGGACAUCAGAGCAAAGCGGACUUCCUGUGGUCAAAGUAGUGGAACAAAGAGGAUAGAAUACAGCCCCUGCCCCCCGCCCCCAAAAAAGAGGAGUAUAACCAACGAGGAUAGAGAGAAGAAGAAGAAGAAGAGAGCGAGAGUAGAGUACUGUGGGAGAUCAGAAAGAGGAAGGAAAGCUUCGAUACAGAAGAUGGAGAAGUGGAACAGGCAGCAUGUGCUGUUUCUCAAGCCCACAGAGAGACCCUGUGGCCGUGGGUUGCAUGUGAAGAGACAACAGGCCCCCACAUAGCAGCUCAGUCUGGGAGAGAUCACGGCCACAUCCACACAGAUAAGGACCAGAUCAGAGCCACAUCAGGGCCAAAACGAGGACCAGAUCUGUGCCACAUCAGGGCCAGAUAUGUGCCAAAUCCAGACUACAUCCGUGCCAGAUUGUGGCCAAAUUAGGACCACAUCAAUGCAAGGCCCUGUCUAGAUCGGGGCUAAACACGUGCCAGGGUCAGCAGCUAUCUGGGGGAGUGAGAAGCUGGUGAUUGUGAGAAGGUUGCUAUGAAGAGGGAGACGUGCAACUCGUGUAUAAAUGUAAAAUAGCACACUUUUUACUGAAAAUAUAGUAAUCUGUCAAUGCAGGUUCUAUGUGAACAACUGAAUGCAGAGAGAUUGUGUAUUAUCACUGUCCACAUGGUUGUACAUGAGAAGGACCAUCCUUUCAAGAAAGAUGGCAAAUUCCACAGUUACGUAUAACCACCUUUCCAAUGACUCCAGUGUGAUACAUGUAAACAUUGUUAUGAUGUGAUAGAUGUUAUUUUGACAAAAGCGUUUGCGCUGUAUAGAGAUAUAGUUGGAGAAUUGUUUGGUUAAAGUUUACCUUAAGUGUUUGUAUAUGUGUGUGAGAGUGUGUUUAAACACAGGAGAUAUCGUGCAUGAGUGUAUAAUGUACAAACAUCUGUCCUGGUGUACAUAUGGUGUGUGCCUGUGUAUAUGAGCAAGUCUUUUGUCAGAGAGAGAUAAAGUGCGUGUGUGUGUGUGUGUUUCUGUGUGUGUGGAGUGGGGUAGCCCCAUCCAGUCUAAAUCCUUCAGUGUCUGAUAAUUCAUCAUCUCGGUGAAAGCAGGCUUUAAUGCCUCACUGAAGAUGACUUGUGUGCGUUCUGCGAUCUCCUCGUUUGUGAAAUGUUACAUAAUGUUGGAGAACCGCACUUACGAGGUCUCAGGUCAUAUGGUCCCGCCCCCCCCCCCCCCUCUCUGGGCUCGGAAUGUUCAACAUACGAACAUCAUCCUUAACCGAUCCAUCUUAGGAGACAAAGUUCCGUGGGUUGCCAAGGAACCGUGCACAGAUAACCAUGCCGUGGCAGUCGUGAUGGUAUAAGCCUGAUGGAGAAACCUGCCGUGUGAGCAAACACACUGCCUGGGACGGGAUGUUCCCUUACAGAUGGACCCAGGGGGGGGCAGUGAGUCCCUGCCCCAAAAGGCUGACAACUUUUCCACCCGUCCACUAAUGAGAAAGGCAGGGUGUGUGUGUACGUAUGGGUGAACAUAUGUGUGUGUGUAUGUCUGUGUGUGAGUGUGUGUGGAUACCACCCUCUCAUCUCACUACUGUGUAAAAGGAGUACAGAGUACAGGCAUUUUGAACUCAUUGGUCAUUACACAGGUCGUCUGAACCUACAGGACUUCCAGUUCAAUGGAAUGUCUGCAUCUCUCCCUGGGGUUCCAAACCAUGACCAUCAGGUUACUAUGGUGAUUUCCUACCUGUUACGGGUGGGCUGGAGGCUCCAUGGAAGGCAGUCCAUUCAAGGGCACUCAAAGACGGAGACAGAUUCUGGGUACAAUGAGACGGUGAUAUAGUUUACAUGACCCCCAAGGUAUAACUAUCUUAUCAAGUGUAUACUAUAUUAUGCUGCCUAUAGAAGUAUUCCAAAUACUAAGGAGUAUACUUCAUAUCCCUGAAAAAAUGUGUACUUUAAUCAUAUAAUACAUAAUGUACCUCUAAGUUCUUUAAAGGGGAAAACAGUCUGCAUGGGACACUUAAGGCUGUUUCUGAGGCCAUGAGUGUGUGUGUUUGUGAUAUGUAACUGUGUGUGAUCUGGGCGUCGGAUAUGUUUAAUAUUGUCUGUUUAUUGUACAAUACUGCAAUGGAUGGAAUAUUUCAAUAUGCAUAUUGCAUCUCUAUUCAAGAUUAUUAUUAUUUUUCAAAAUAAAGCUCAUAUUUCUAAAA